AUCUGCUCCGGGCGCCGCUGCUGCCUCCGUCUCAGCCUCGGCCGCACGAGCCCAGUGCCGCCGCACGAGCCCGGCGCCCGGAGCCCGCCUGCCGUCGGCCCGAUCGCCGCGCCGUGCGCAUGGGGCGCGCCCCUGGCGGGGCGGCCGAGGGCCGCUGAGCGCAGGACCGCCCCGCCGAUGCGCCCGGCCCGGGGCGGGGAUCCCCGGCCGCGCGGGGCCCGCGGCUGAGCCCGCGCCCGGCAUGUCCGGCCCGGCCCGCCGCCCGGCGCCCCGGGCCCGCGGCGACGCGUAGCGGAGCGGGAGCAGCGCGGCGGGUCAAGGUCACUGCCCGGCGCGCCAUGGAGGCUGCGAGCCGGCCGGGCCGGCGCUCGCGCGCGCAGCGAGACCGCGGCCGGCGCCGGGAGAGCGCCCGCGCGCACAGCCCGUCGUCGGGCGACGAGCCGGAGCCGGGCCGUGGCAAGGAGAACGCGGGCCUGCGCGGCGCGCCCGCCCGCGCCGCCGCCCCCGCGCCCCGCGCCGCGCGUCCUCCGCGCCGCCGCCGCCGCGAGUCGAGCUCGCAGGAGGAGGAGGUCAUCGACGGCUUCGCCAUCGCCAGCUUCAGCACCCUGGAGGCCCUGGAGAAGGACAUGGCCCUGAAACCUGAGGAGCGGAAGGAGAAGUGGGAACGGCGCCGCAUCAAGAAGCCGCGGGAGCAGGAGCGCUGCCCGGCUGCGGAGCCACGCGAGAGCCAGCAGCCCCCCCAGCCGGGCAGCCCGGGGCAGGACGUGGAGCCUGCCUGCGAGGCGGGCGCCAGGAAGGCCCCGCUGCAGCCGUCCAAGCAGGUGAAGGUGGCCAUGUCCAGAGGGGGCGACCGGAACAGUGACGAGGACAGCAUCCUAGAAGCCACCAGCUCCCAGCGCAGCAGCUCCCGGGACCAGCUCAGUGACAGCUCGGCACAGGCGGUCUCCGGGAGAGGCUACUCCUGUGACAGCGAGAGUGGUGUGGACGACAAGGCCUCCGUGGGCUCUGAGAAGCUCUUCGCCCCAGCAACCAAGAGAGCCUGCUCCACAGGUCCCGGGCGUGGCGAGAAGUUGGAGGCCGAGGCCCCCACGGUGUCAGGCCUUGAGCGCAGCCGUGAGCUCCGUACCGAGUCCUUCCCGCCAGCACCCAGCCCCGUGCCCACCUCUGCACCGCUGGGCCCCCCCCUGGUGAAGAAGGAAGCCCCCACCGCACCCCUCCACACCCCGCAGCCGCCAGCCGCGCCCCCUCAGCCCCACAGCCUGCUCCCAGCACACGUGCCUCCGUCCCUGGGCGCCUUUGCGGGCCCCGGCCAGGCUGCUCCCAGCAGCCUGCACAGCCUCAGCAGGAGCAGCAGUGCGGGCGGUGCCCCCCUGGGCCUGGCAAAGCACGCGUCGCUGUCGCCCCUCGGGCCGGGCCCCCACCUCUCUACCUCACACCUGGCGCUCCGGCCCCAGGCACAGCACCAGCACCACGCGGCCAUGUUCGCCGCACCCCCGACGCUGCCCCCGCCCCCGGCACUGCCCGCCAGCAGCCUGGUCAUCCCAGGACACCCUGCCGACGCCAGCCUGGUGGUCUCGCUCCGCCCGCCAGCCGUGUACUGCCAGCCGCACGCGGGGAUUCUGAUUGAUCACGAGCUGCUCAGGCAAGAGCUGAACACGCGGUUUCUGGUGCAGAGCGCCGAGCGGCCUGGCCUCUCCCUGGGUCCCGGAGCUCUGCUGCGGGCGGAGUUCCACCAGCACCAGCACACGCACCAGCACACGCACACGCACCAGCACACGCACCAACACACAUUCGCCCCCUUCCCCGCAGGGCUGCCCCCGACGCCACCUGCCGCACCCCCGCCGUUUGACAAGUACGUGUCCAAGCUGGACAGCUCCUACUUCCAACAUUCCAGUCUCCUCCCGCCCUUCUCGCCCGCUGUCCCAGGGCUGCCUGCCCUGCUCCCACAGUCCGGCCCCUUUGGGUCUCUGCAGGGAGCUUUUCAACCCAAGACUUCAGACCCGACAGAGGUAGCAGGCCGGACCAGUGCUGUCCACGCCCUCCUGCAGAAAGCCCCCGGGGUGUCAGACCCGUACCGGACGGCCGUCAGGAAGCCAGGAAAGUGGUGUGCGGUCCACGUGCAGAUGGCCUGGCAGAUCUACCACCACCAGCAGAAGACGAAGGUGCAGCUGGACCCGCACAAGCUGGAGGUGGGCUCCAAGCUGGACCUGCUCAGCAGGGCCCCCACCACGGGUGGGUGCCCCGGACUCCACUACGCGCAGGGCCUGGCCCGGCCCCUGUUCUCCAGCACGGGUGUCACCCACCCUGCCACCACCCCGUUCGGAGCCCAUCACGGCAGCUUCCUGCCCCCUGCUCACCUGACAACAGACCCCUUCAGCAGAUCCAGCGCCUUCGGGGGCCUGGGCGGCUUGGGCAGCCACGCCUUCGGGGGCCUGGGCAGCCACACACUGACUCCAGGCAGCAGCGUCUUUGCUUCCAAGGACGGCUCCUCGCUGCACAGCCUUCCCAGCGCCCACGAGGCGUGGAACCGGCUGCAGCGGGCGCCGGCCUCCUUCCCCACACCACCCCCCUGGCCCAAGCCCGUGGAGGCCGAGCGCGUCCCAGCCCUGACCAAGCAGCUGGACAAGGGCCAGGAGGAGCGGGACCUCCUGGAGAAGCCGCGCCUGCUCAGCGGAGCCUCUCCUGCGGCCCCCAGCGGCCUCCCCAUGGCCAGCCUCCUGCUCCGCCCCGGGAUCCCCGGGGAGCGCGAAGCGGAGCCGCGGGUCAAGGAGAGCCGCUCCCCGGCCAGGGAGGACUGUGCCAAGGCGGCGCGCGCGCCCGCGCCCUUGGUGUGCGGCAGGGGCGCGUCCCAGGGCGACGUGAAGGUCAAAGAGGAGCACGGGCAGGACGAGGCGGUCCCCGAGCCCGUGGGGAACGGCCUGCACCCCGCGCCUGGCGCCGCCGAGCGCCCGCGCGCACUGCCCGCGCCCCUGCAGCUGGGCCUGAGCCGCGAGCGCCUGAGCGCGCCGGGCUUCGCGUGGGAGCCGCUGCGCACCGCCUACCGCGGCCUGGAGCUGCCGCGGGCGCCCGGCCCCGCCGCGCUCCCGGAGCCCUCAGAGCGCCCCUACCGCGACCGCGAGCCCCACGACUACAGCCCCGAGCGCCUGCGGGACGCGCGCCGCGAGGAGCCGGAGCGCGCGCGGGCCCCGCACCUGCCGCCCGCGGUUCCCGCCCUGGACGGCGCCGCACCGGGCGCCCUGCACUACCCGCGCCUCGGGCCCGCGGCCGCCGCGCUGCACAGCGGGCUUCUAGCGCGGACGCCGCCGGCCGCGGCCGCGCUGGGCGCGCCGCCCCCGCUGGUGGCCGCGCCCACGCCCCCCGCGCGGAGCCGGACUGCGCCCCUCGGCUUGGGGCCCGGCGAGGCGCGCGACUACUCCCCGGCCCGCAGCGCGCAGGAGGUGGAGGCGCGGUAGUGCGGGCCCCCGGCCCGGAGGCGGUGCGGGCCCUUCGGGUGCCUGCCGCAGACUGGGGCGCCGCUGUGAGAUCGGAAGCUCCCGCCGGCCCGCGCGGCCUGCGGAGUCGGGGGUUCGACACAGCGUUUCUGGGGCG